AUGCGGACGUCUCUGACAACCCCAGACUCUUGGCUCAGCCUUUACCAGCUUCUGUGGCCAGACAAUCGGGAGACUCUGAGGCAAGCAAGUUGCAAAGCCAUGAAUCACAACGGAAGAAUGCAUGUUCAGGAACAGUUCCAUCGCGACAACAUGCCGUUGCUUGGUGCUCGCUGA